CUGGUCAGUUAUCAGUAUAAGUUAAAUACUGUGACUAAAGAUACAAUAAAACCUCUAUCAAAGCAGUAUUUAGCUGAGUGAUAUACCAGCUAAUAUAUGACACCAUAUGACUGGACCAUCAGCAUAUACAUCUAGCCUCCAACAACACAGAUAUGUAUGAUCAAGUAUUUCUACUGGUUCCAUUCACAUGGAGUUUGUACAGUUUAUGUUCUAAAGCACAAAAAUUGAAAAGAUGCUAUUAGAAACUGUUCUUGACUACAUAUACUGUAGUUGAAUUCCUAUGUCUUAAGAAAUGGUUCCUUCUAGUUGCUGACAGCUCACACAAAGGGAAGUCCAUUUCCUGCCAACAGACUAUAUCGUCAUAUACCACCUCAUAGUAGGCUCCUUCUGUGAUAGUGAUGACACACAGAAAGUGGUGACUGCUUUGCGUUGCCUUAGAAAUCAACCCAAGGAUCAACAGUAGGUAGUUGAAAAUCUGAAUUGAGGGCAGAAAUUCCGUGGUUAGAAACCAGUUCUUUGCAGAAUAGAGAAUGAGAAAUCAGAGCUCAGGGCAGAAGGGGCUGGAAGGAAGAAUGAAGAGCAAAGAAACUGUUCAUGGAGCUGGCAAAUAGCAGGACAAUGGCUGAAGCCAGGAACAAUGUGGAGAAAGAGCCUCAGACUGCAGAGCCGGCACAAGUGAGCACGAGGGCUUUGAGGAGAACAUGCAUUGCAAGACUACCACCGCAGAAUGGACCGCCGCCGAGAGCUGUCACCUCACAGCCGCCCAUGGUGGCAGACUCAGAGUGGUUUGGUCUGAGUGCAGAGGAACAACUGGCCUGGGCUAAGUGUUCUGAAGACCCUCGGAUUGCAGUAGGUUCCUAUUCCCCACUAGAAAAGAAAAUAAAGCGUUUAGGUGGCACCCAUUCUUCACGAGCGAGAAAACUGUUAGUCCAGGAGUUACAACAGGAGAGUGAAACAGUUGAUAAACUUAAGACCAUGUCUUUUGACUUCCGGUUUGCUAAAGCAGAUUCCUACUACUAUCAACAACAUCAAGAAAUGAUCAAAGAAGCAUGGAAUUAUACACCAGAUUCAGAAUGGAACAUUAACCCAGAGGAAGAGAAGAAGUCAAGAAGAAAAACAUCAGACAAUGAAAAAAAAUGGGACUAUCUAGUAUCUGAGAGAGAAAUAAAUCACAUAGAAAAACACAUACUGAGAGCUGAGCGGGCUAGAGGCCUCAGAGACGACAAAUAUAGACUACUCCCUGAGAGAAUUCCAAGUGAAACCCUUUCCCCAAAACCAUUAAUACAAGAAGAUGAAAAGAAUAAAAAUAUCCAGAAAACAUACAAAGCUGUACCCCAAAAGCCCAAAGUAGCAUGGGCAAAGGAGCAGAUGAAGCGACAUAAAGACCGAAUGAUUCGAGCGAGAGAACUCACAGAACAGAAGAAUGAUGAAAAGAAGACUCAAAAAUUCCCCAGCCAUGGUCGUCCUCUCUUCAAAUCACGAGUGAAGAAGGAGGAAAAGAAAGAGUUUGAAAAGGUCACAGCUUAUCCUAUCUACCAGCCUUCCCAGGAAAAACUUAUAGAGGUGACUAUUCUGAUGGAAAAGUCGAAAGUGGAUAAAAUACAAAAACCACUCCACAGAGAGCUCUUGAGUAUGCCACCAUUUCUGAAAAGUCAACUAGAAAAGAAAAAAAAGCUUAAAUUAUUUCCUUGAUGAUUGUAUUUCUUUCUUAGAAUAUUUUAUAGUAAUUAGUACAGUGAAAUCAUGGAAAACAGACAUCUAAGGGGGAAAUGGCAGCUCUAGACAUACAUAUUAGAAAAGCACAGUAUUGAGGCCACAGGUUGUUCAAUUCCAUUCUUAUGGUACUCACUGGUCAGGGCUAAGGAGUAAGAACAUGAAAUGAGAACAGAUGGCAGCUAAUGGCAUAGGAUUGGGGGAGGGGUGCUCUAGAGUAUUUUUUGGUGAUGGCUGCAUGCCCCAAAGAUGUUAAGGCACUGAAUCAUGUCCUAAUUGGAUGAGUUGGAUUGAGGAUGAACUCUCAGCAAAGCUGUUCUGACAGAAGGAAAGGACAGCUAGUGUUUAGAGAAGAGGAAUCAAUCCUGAAAAUAAAGGGCCGACCAUCCUGCAAGGUUCUAAACAUUAGAGUUUACACUUUUAAAUUCCUGAAGGCAAGGUAGGGGAGACGUUUCAGCAGGCUAAAGUGCUUCUUAUGCAAGCCUGACGACCUGAGUUCAGAUCCCCAGAACUCAUGUAAAAACCAGACAUGGGUGCACAUGUCUAAUCCCAGUACUCUAAUAGCAAGAUUGAAGGUGGAAACCAAAGUCCACAGAAACUCAUGGACAGUAAGUAGUGCACAGUACAGCAGCAAACAAAAGAAACCCUGACUCAAACAAAGUGGCCGGAGAGGACUGGGACCCAAGGUUACCCUCUAACCACCAGAUGUGUACUGUGGUACACACGUGCCCUUAACAUAUACAUGCCUCAUAUACACACAUACACAAAAAUAAAUAAAAUCUUGAAGGCAGAGAUAAUCACUAGGAAUUGGCAAGAGGUUUGAACGGACAAAACAAUGGAUACUUCAUAGAUGUCUGGGCAGAGCCUGAGCAAGAUGGACAAAAAGACUACAAGGGAAGUAGUGAUGGGGGAAGGGGAGGAGUUUACAGAAUGAACUUGCCUGCGAAAUAUGGUAAAAAUUCUGGUACAGAGAUUUUAAGAUUUGGGAAAUUAUUUUAUUACAUGUUUUUAAGUGGCCAAUAAUCACUUAACAUAGCUCUAGCCUCUUUAAACACAAAAUUCCAAGACUCUUCCCUUAUAGUAUAAAUACAUUAUGGUAAAAAGCAAAGGAGUAGAAGAGUGGGAGGGAGCCAGGAGAGAGAAACUCGAAGAAUGUAGAUUUAAGGGGUAAAAUUUCACAUCAAAUACAGCAUUACCCAUUGGAGUUAAUUUGGAAAGCAACUGGUAAAAGUGCAAAGUGGUAAAACUGGGAAAGGAGCUACUCCGCCAGGGUUUUGAAACAUUUCCAAAUGAUUGUAUUAAAUUCUUAGGUAUUACUUUGUGUGUAUAUAUCACGGGAAGGGGGCACGUCACACAGCACACAUGUGGGGGUCAGAGUUGUAGAGCUGAUUCUCCCUUCUUUACAUGGGGAAUGGGGAUGAAGCAUUCAUUCCCUGAACCAUCUCACCAGCCGCCAAGUGUGGUUUUUGGUUUUUGGUUUGUUUUUGGUUUUUUUUUUUUUGGAACAGGGUUUCUCUGUGUAACAGCUCUGGCUAUCCUGGAACUCACUCUGUAAACCAGGCUGGUCUCGAACUCACAGAGACCCACCUCCUCUGCCUAUGCCUGAGUGCUGGGAUUAAAGGUGUGCACCAUCUCUCACGCACACCCCCACUCCCCACCCCCGCCAAGCGAUUCUUAUUUAAAGAGGUAAGAUGGCAAUCACAGGACUUUGUGUGGAUUGUUUUAAAGAGAGAAGCAUGGUGAAGGAAAACACCAGACCAAGUAGAAGAGAUGACUGAUAGGGCUGUCUCCUGGGACAGAGGAAGACCUUGAACCCAGACCUUUCCUGAAAAAGUGCCUGCAAGAGGAAGGAAAGUUAAAAAGAGAAAGCUAGGGAGAAGGAACCCAGAAAGCAUCCAGGGCCAACUGAAGGCCCAACAUGGAUGAGCAGGGCAGAGGGACAUGCAGGAGGGUGAGCCCACACUUGGUGCUGCCAGGGGCACAGUCCAAUCUGACUUGCCAGAGGAUAUAACGGUGUCUUGAGUAUAAAGCAUAGGCCAAGUCACAUCAGAAAAUACUUGACAAUUUUUAACCUACAAAAAAGCGAUUUCAUUUGGCACAACCUAUCUGUUGGCUUGGCCAGCUAAUUUUAUAAUUAGAACAUUAAAAAACAAAACAAAAAACACUAUGAUAAUCUGUGAGGCACUGACAAUCUAAAACUUUUAUUGGAACAGGACUAGAAAAAGGAGGACCAUACCCUCCCCCCCAAGAGACAAUAAAGACAAUUAUUUGUGAA